CGAACAGAAGCUCCACCAUGCCACACUUUAUCACCAAUCGACCUCGAAAGUUUGCCGUUUGGCAAGAUUCGGGAGUCUUAAAGUCGCAUUUUAGGUGGGAAUAUGUGAACGUAGUCGUUUACGCCGUCGGUGGGCUUAUUUUUGUUCUAGGCAGCGUUUUCUUUUUACCAGAGCUGACAGAUCUGAUCGAAGUGGGAGCGUGGCUUUUUGUCGUCGGCUCGUUCCUCUACUUGAUUGUUUCCUCCCACGAUUUCGUAGAGUUUCUACACUAUGAAAAUAAGAAAAGCAUCCUUGACGCUACCGCAGCAAUCACAUAUAUAUUGGGCUCUCUACUCUUUAUUGUUGGCAGCAUUCUGUUUCUUCCUCAAGUCGAAGAGCAAAUCGCCGGCGCUUGGUGCUUCAUUACUGGUAGUGCCGUAUUCGUGGUCGGGGCAAUCCUUAAUGCCAUGCAAGUCUUUGAGUUUUCUACAGUUUGGACGCAACGAUAUAUGAAUUUGACUGCGGCAUGCUACAUGAUUGGUUCGACCUUGUUUGCUUCAGCUUCCGUUCCCUACCUAUUUUCUUUUGACGAUGCUGGAGACAAGCUUACCUUAGAUCGCUAUCUAGGAUAUCAAUACAUUCUUGGAAGUCUAUUUUUCCUAUUGGGUGGGCUUCUCAACGGAUUGCGCGCGUAUCUGCUCCAGACCGGUGAAACGAAAAAGCAAGAGGACCAAGUACACUACGCGAGUCAAACUGCCGACGAGCAUAACAAAAGAAACAGGGCUAACGAGGCGUGAUUCUCCUGCCAAAGGAGUUGAAUGCUCAUUUUCAAUAAUCCAGCGAUCGCAAUCUGAUUGGGGACGUUCACUCUGUUAGUCCUUCC